UGUAAUUUCCUACAGUAUUGAAAGCAGCAUUUUAUAGUACUGCCUGACCAGGAAGUCACCGGGAUCUCUGAACCCUCGCAGCCACUUCUUGUGUUUCCCAGAAUGGAGGUGGGGGACUUGCUGGAGGAUUGCCUCAGCGCAGCGAAAGAACAUCCGAAAAGUGUUGAAGUCUCCGACUCUGUGAAGCUGAAGUACAAACGUUGCAGAGAGUCUCUGUGUGAAGAACUGGCCUCUCUGCUGGAGGAGGCAGAGCAGAUGAAGUGGCCCUUUGUGCCAGAGAGGUGGCAGUACAAGCAGUCCAUCAGUCCCACGGACAAGACCAACCUCAACGACCUCAUCGGCAAAAACGUGCAACAACUCUUGGAUCUUCUGAAGUCCUCCAUCAUGGCUCAGGAGCCACAGACGUCCCUGGCAGUGAUCUUCCUAGUGGACCGGUUCCUCUACUGGAUCGAUGAAUCCACACGACUUCUAAAGAUCACCAAGCUCCUAAACCGACACUACCCUGAACAACCUAUAGCCCCUCAGCUGAUCAUACGGCAGGCCAGGGUCUACCUUAACUCUGGAAAACUUCAAAAGACAGAAUCCAUCUUGAGCAGUUUGAUUUAUAAAAAUGGGACAACAGGUUGUUGGGUCUAUCAUUGUGACAGUGACAAAGUUCUCGUUCAAGCCGUCAGUGUUCAAGUGCGUGGAAUGGUUUUGCAAAAGUUGGGCUUGUGGCUGCAGGCCGCAGAGCUAAUCUGGGCUUCUCUGGUUGGCUACUACUCACUCCCUCAGCCUGAUAAGAAGGGCAUCGGAACCUCUCUUGGCUUACUUGCUAACAUAUUAGUGUCCAUGAGUGAUGAAGACUUCCAUGCUUUUAAGACUAAUCCAGAUAUUGAUUUUCCAUCUUUACUCGGGAAUGCUGGGAGUCACCGUCUUCUUUCGGCCGCCCAGGCAGCUAAGAUGGCUGUGGUGUACAGUCAGUACGCUUCACUUUACGUGCUCACUAAUGUGACAGCUCAAGGAACCUGCUUGUUGUCGUACAGCUUCUCACUAACAUGCCCUCCCUCUCAAAGAACGACCUUCCUCCAGAAGGCUCGAGAGGCCUUCGCAAUCGGCCUCCUCACCAAAGCAGAGGGCGAGCCGGUUACCAGCCAGCAGGAACUUCACACCUUCCUGAAGGCAGCCUAUUCCAUGACCGUCACUGACAAGUGGCUGGACGCUCCAAAGGAUGUUGUAGAGGAGGCCGCUCAAGCUUGCCAGCAAGCUUUAGGAUAUUUCUACAAAUACUGUGAUUCCAGUACUCAAGACAAAGAUGGCCUGUCUGUUAGAAUCAUGCAAGAAGUCGCUAAAGUCAAGCAGCUGCUGGGUGUGGAGCCAUUCCCUAAUUCAGAUAAAGGAUCUUUUAUUCCAGACAGCUACAGAAACGACAAAGAUUACACUGUAAAUUUCACCCUGGAGGGUUUCUCAAAGAUGUUGGAGAGAUAUCAGAAAUUUCACGCAUCGCUGUGUGAGGCCACCAAAAGUUUCAAGAAGACUGAAGGCAACGACGCAAAUGUUUUAACAGCACUGAAUUUAAGUAUGAGCACGGUCAAGUCACCUGCUUUUGAUAAAGAAAGUUUAUCAGAAGCAGUCAAGCAAAUUCCAAGAAGCUCGGAUUCAUCCAUCAUGUCUCUGUCUCAAAACGUUGCUUCUGCUCCAAUUCAGGAAAGCACAGACCUCCUGAGAUCUCCUUGUCAAAAGUCUUCCACGAGAAGUUCCGGCUCUCCUGAGCCCAGCGGCGGUGCUCAUAGCAGUGGCAGUGGACACAGAACAGGAAGUAGCGAUCAGAGCAAUGUUCCCACUAACAGUGAUGAUGAUAAUGAUGACAGUUUUUCAUGCUCUGCUGAUGAAAACAAGAAGCAAAAGCCAGAGAGCCACACCUCUGGCAUCGCUUCAUAUCUAGUUCCAAAGUCCACAAUUCCUAAAACCACGAGUCAUUCUCAACAGUCUGAAGAAAGUCAAGCCAAAAUAGAGACAUACGUCUCUGGUCUGGACAGCAUGACUGAUGUUAAUGGUGAGGAGAAUGAAGGAUCUCUGCAUUCCCUGUCCCAGCUAGAACUCAAAGAAACUUCCAGCUCCUUUGGUGAGAGUUUUAGUUCCCAGUCUUCAUGGGGAAUAAUCUCAACUGGCCAAAACUCUCCGUUGAGGGAAAAAGUACAACCAGGUUAUGUGUCAAAACCAAGGACUCUGUCUUCAGGUUCUGAUGGGAGCUUCGUCAUCGUGGAAACGCAGAAUUCCGAAAGCAGCUCUUCACCUGCCAGCAUCGCAGAUCACAAGCCACUAGAGAGGCAUGAUGUUCACUCAAAUAUGAAACUGGAGGCCAAUUCAAGACCUGUUAAACCUGCCUCAGUGGUCCAAGGCAACCCUUCACAGAGGGUUCCAGACCCAAACGCAACUACUGAGAGCUCUGGGAGCUCAGACGAUAUGGUGGAGCUGAAUGAAAACGGGCACCAAAGCAACGAGGUGACUUCUGCAGGAAAAGCACCUCAGAACAAGAAUACUUUGUGCUACAGCUGCUUGUAUCCCAGCACAACAGCUGCUCCUGAUAGACAGUUUGAGUUGUCCCAGCAUGAUUACCAGGCUCUACUGGCUGGAAUCUGCCAUGAAUGUCUACAGAGGAGGCUCUACAGCAAGACAGAGUUGUUCCAACUCCAACAAUUUCAAACUGCCCACAAUGCUCUCCACCUGAAGUUCUCCAAGGCCACAGGACUGUGGAUGGCCAGAGAGACCUGUGUUUACAUCGGGCGUCUGAUGGAGAUGAAGUUGAAGGGCAAUCAGAGAAGAGCGAUAUGGGUCCAGUUUUUGCAUCAGGAGGAGAGGUUAAGCAGUUACGUGGGGAAGGAUUACUUGGAGCCAAGAGAAAUCCAGUAUCACUUGAACGACGUGGCGCGCCAGAUGACGGCUCAGUACUAUGUGACUGAAUUCAACAAGAGUCUCUACGAUAAAGAAGUUUUGGCUCAGAUCUUCUACAUUCCCUCCGACGCAUUGUUGAUUCUAAACGGAGGUGAGAUUGUGGGCUGCAUCACCGUGGAGCCGUACAUGCUUGGAGACUUCAUGAAAUUCACCAACAACACUAAGAAGAAAAAUAUGUCCCUCGAGGCGACGAAAUAUGGUCUGGCUUUUGGACACUUCACCUACCUGUUCUCUGGUCGCCAGGAAGUUGUGGUAGACUUACAAGGAUGGACGACUUCCAGUGGGAAAGGUCUGACUUACCUCACGGACCCCCAGAUUCACUCCACCAGGACCCCUAGAGAGCCCUCAAACUUUGGUGAAAGGGGACUGGCAAUUUUCCGGAAAGAGCAACAUGGACCAACCUGCAACGAGAUCUGCAACCUGCUCAGACUCCCUCCACUUCCCCAGCAGUUCCAUGUUUAAAGAGCUGGAGACUACAUGUCCUGACUGAUGCUGGGAGUGUUUUUUUAUGAAUUUAUUAGCAUCAGAUGUUUAUAGAAAAUACGUCCGACAUUACUCUGAAUAUCUGUAUAUGUUUAUUGAUUCAACACUAUUGUCAGAUCAGCUGAGACUGAAAGCAAGUAAUUUGAAACUCAAAGCUGUUUGUAAAUUGCUUAGUACUUCACACCAUUUUAUCAUCAUCUAUAUUUCUCAAGAGUGUUAAAUCUGCUUUUUUUGUAAGCAUUUGUAUUGUUCCUUUGUUCAAAGCAUUAACAAUUUAAAUUGUUUUUACUCCAAGUAUAAUUCUUCCACUCCAGUUGAAUUUUCUUAUCAACAUAGGCAAAAAAAUGAUAUUAAAACUUGAAAAGAAAUCAGUUUUUGGAUGAAGAAAAAAUACAUUUUAUUUGAGUGAAUUUUCAUUUAAAAACGCUAAAAGGAAAAAAUAAUAAAGAAUAGUCUGUGUUAACAUUGGAAUGCAAGAAUGUGGAAACAGUGACUUCAAUGAAUUUUGCUGAUCAGAUCUUCGUUCCUGACAUCAAUCAAACAUCCGGUGUCUGAACGUUUUGUCAUGAGGGCCAAAAUAGUCAAACUAAGGUAUUAUCAUGCUACUUUUUUUUAAAUUUUUUUUAUUAAUUCUAAAAUGUUGUUGAAGCAAUGAGUGGGGGGCUACUGUCUGUGCAAGCCAGACCUGGAACAAAGACCAUCAGAAAGGUUAAA